GAAGACACGGCAAUGAAAGGGUGGAAGUGAAAAUAGAAACACUUUUGCCAAGUCCUUCAAAACCACGUGACUAUGGCGGAGCGUUUUUCCCGCGGGAGUAAAUGUGAGGAUUUGGAAAGUAACUUAAAUAUGUCAGGAGUUGUAGUCGUACACGGCGGGGCGUGGGCCAUACCAGAUGAACUGGCCGAGGCCUCCGUUAACGGAGUCAAGGCUGCAGCACGUAAAGGGAUCUCGGUGCUGAAAACAGGAGGAAACUCAGUGGAUGCUGUUGAAGCAGCGGUGAGAGCUCUGGAGGAUAAUCCUGUGUUCAACGCAGGCCAUGGAGCAACACUUAACGCUGAUGGAGAAGUGGAGAUGGAUGCCAUUAUCAUGGAUGGGAGAACACUUGCCAGUGGUGCUGUGUCUUGUUUGAAGGACAUUGCCAACCCAGUGUCGCUGGCGCGAGCGGUGAUGGAAAAGACUUCCCACAUCAUGUUGACAGGAAGAGGUGCAAACAUGUUUGCAGACAGCAUUGGUAUGGCCACAGUCCCCAUUGAAACACUGGUGACUGAGUUUGAGAGGAAAGAAUGGGAGAAACACAAGAAAUAUGUGACUGGAGUGAUGGAGGAUUUUAACUCUCAGUGGGCACAUGAUACUGUUGGAGCAGUUGCCGUGGACUGUGCUGGUAAUGUUGCAUGUGCAACAUCAACUGGAGGAAUCAGAAAUAAGAUGGUCGGCAGAGUAGGAGACUCUCCAGUUAUUGGCGCUGGAGCGUAUGCAGACAACUUCAAUGGUGCAGUAUCUUGUACAGGUCAUGGAGAGUCCAUUCUUAAAGUCACACUGGCCAGACUCAUUCUUUCACAUAUUGAACAAGGUAAAUCGGUGGCAGAUGCUUCACACGUGUCUUUGCGGUACAUGGGAGAGCGUGUUCGAGGAGCUGGUGGUGCGAUUGCAGUUACUCCAUCAGGGCAGUGGGCAGCCUCAUUUACCACAGAGCGGAUGGCUUGGGCAGCUGUGGAAAAUGAUAUUCUGUGGUAUGGAUUAGACCCGAAUGCAAGAUUAAAUGAGACAUUGUAGAAAUAACAAUUUCAUACCCAAAAACAUGGGUGUUGCAUGUAGCCUAAGAAAAGUGUUUUCUUCUGUAUAUUGUAAAAAGUUAGGUUCUCUUACUUUAAUUCUGGAGACACAGGAGCAACUAGUCCGUACAAUUAAAAUUACCUAGUUAUCUGUGUUGCAUAUCACAUAUGCAAAUAUUGGAUUUGCCUAAUGUCUUUCAUCAAAUUGAUUUUAAGGUAGUGUGUAAAAUGUUGCGACAAUGUUGCAUGUGAAUACUGUAUGUCUUACCUCACCCAUCUGUUCCCAGUGUGUUGGAGAACCUAGGUAGACUUUGUUAUUAUGUAUACAAAUAUUGGUAUAAUUAUUUUGUCUCCAAUUUCUGAUUAGAUUUCCCUUACAUUUCACACAUUGGAUUUUAAAAACACGUGUUUUAUUGGUUAGCACUUGACUCAGGGACAUUAAAUACAGCUGACCCCUAUGUUUCAGCUGUGUAUACCAGGAAUUGCUGUGUCCUGGAUGAACGGACAGGUCUAAUUCCUCACACUGUAUAAAAAUAAACACCAUUGCUGUUUGCAAGGACAAAGUGCUGCGGUGUUUGUGCAUCUUCAGUGCUCUUCAAGCACCAUUAAUUAAGCUGUUGUUAACAACAGCCUCACAAUGAUCCUCCACCUAUUUUGACCUAUUUGUUGCCCUGUCUAUGAAACAGUGGCUGGUUGAUGAUUUAGAGAACAUGCCUAUUUUCUUCCACAUUAAAUUGAAUUGUUUGUUGUUUACAUAUUUCACUGACUGAAGUGGAGACAGGAGAGUGACAUUUUAUUGUUUUAUAGGUCUUGACACCCAUACCUUUCAUACAUUAUUUUUGAUGGACAGUUUUCAUUUAUUUUUUGCCUGCCAUUUAUAGAAAUGUAGAUUUAAAUAAAUUGUUGGACUUGUAGAUGUUGAGUGACAGUUUUCAAGCACCAAGUAUCUUAAAUAUUAUUCAUCGAAAUCGUUGAUUCCUGUCAUAGUGUUAUUUCAUAGACUUUUGUUAUUUUACUUUGUAGUUCCUACAUGGCGCUUAUCUUACAAAUGCUAGAAUGUGUGAAUCAAAUAUAAAAAAUAAAUAUUUAAAUGUA